AUGAAUGCCCUUACACCCUGCCGGACAGCCCUGCUACAAGCAUCACGCAAAACCGCACAGAGAACAGCAAAACCACUGGUAACAGCACAGUGGCAACGACAUGCAUCMACCAAACACCCAAAAGGCUUCCAACCGCCACAGCAGAGCGAGCUAGAAGAACUACGAGAACGCACAAUCGAGUUCGUAAGACGAGAAAUCCCCCAUGAUCUCGCGCAAGCCACAGAUCACAAAAACGAAUUUCCCAACGAACUAUGGCAGAAACUAGGCGAAGCUGGAUUUCUAGGCAUAACAGCAGAUGAAGACUAUGGCGGAUUGGCAAUGGGCUACCAGGCACACUGCAUCGUGUUGGAAGAGUUGAGCAGAGCUUCGGGAAGCAUUGGUCUUUCAUAUGCCGCGCACUCCCAACUCUGUGUCAAUCAAUUCCAACUGCAUGGAAAUUCCGAGCAGAAGAAGCAAUGGCUUACGGGUUUGAUCUCUGGAGAGAAUAUUGGCGCUCUGGCUAUGUCCGAACACACGGCUGGAAGUGAUGUUGUCAGCAUGAAGAUGACCGCGAAAAAGGUGGAUGGUGGAUAUCAAUUAAACGGCACAAAAAUGUGGAUCACAAACGGACCCGACGCACAUGUCGUUAUUGUGUACGCAAAGACCGAGCCGGAAGCCGCGAGCAAAGGUAUCACUGCGUUCUUGGUCGAUACCACCACACCAGGUUUCAGUGUAGCUCGCAAACUCGACAAGUUGGGCAUGCGAGGUUCCAACACGGGGGAACUCCUUUUCGACAAUGUCUUCGUUCCAGAGUCCGCGAUGCUGGGUCCCUUGAACCGAGGAGUCAAGGUAUUGAUGGAAGGUCUCGAUCUUGAAAGACUGGUGCUCUCGGCUGGACCUCUGGGAUUGAUGAAAGCUGCGCUGGAUGUCACAUUACCCUACGUGCACGAGCGGAAGCAAUUCGGCAUUCCACUGGCACACAAUCAACUCAUCCAAGGCAAGCUCGCGGAUAUGUAUACCAAAUACCGGGCCAGCUCGGCUUUUACAUAUUCUGUGGCUCGAGCCAUUGAUGAGAGCUUCGAGAACCCAGAGAUCAAGACGCAGGAUUGCGCCGGUGCGAUUCUAUAUGCUGCGGAGCGAGCGACGGAAUGUGGUUUGGAUGCUAUCCAAUGUCUGGGUGGAAUGGGUUACAUGAAUGAAAUGGUGGCGGGGAGGAUCAUGAGAGAUGCGAAGCUGUAUGAGAUUGGUGCAGGCACGUCAGAAGUACGACGGAUGUUGAUAGGAAGGACUUUCAACAAGGAGUAUGCAGCGAGGUGA